AUGACUUCCUCACACAACAAGCAUCCCUUGCCCACUGCCGUUCACUUCUUUAAGAUAAUCCUCAGAACAAGUCUUGCACAUGGAAUACUUAAGCUCCCAAAAGAUUUUACUACAAAAUAUGGAGAUAGCAUGUCAAACCUGGUGUUUCUCAACCCUCCAGAUGGCAUUGAAUGGAAAAUAUGUUGGACCAAGCUUGAUGGCAAGAUUUGGUUUGAAAAGGGUUGGAAGGAGUAUGCCACAUACUAUUCCCUGGAUCAUGGCCACUUGCUGUUGUUUCAAUAUCAGGGAACUUCUCAUUUUGACGUGCACAUAUUCGACAACAGCGCCGUUGAAGUAGACUAUCCUUCUUCCCCUGGUACUCGUGAUGGAAAGGAAAGACAUGUGGAGAUUAGUGAUGAUUCUGUUGAAAUUUUGGAUGCUCAAUUUUCAUGCCAGAAGACUAGAGUGAAAUCCACAGUGCCAUCUCCUCAACCUUCUAAGGAAAUGAAAUUCGGCCCAACUACAAAUGUUGAAAGAAGCCCCAGGGUAAACUUGCAUCAGCAUGUCCAAACUGGAAAAGAAGAGGGUAAAGGAAUUUUUAACACUGAAUGCCCAAAAGUGGAGCAGUUAACUUCUACCACUCUAAAGAAAGCCACAACUUUCAGGCUUGUCAUGAAGCCAUCCUUCAUUAAUGGAGAGUACCUGAAAUUUGCGUCAGAAAAUAAUUUGAAUGUGGGGGAUGUUUGUGUUUUUGAGCUGAUCCAGAGCUUUGCUUUCAAGGUUCAGAGGGACCAAGUUUCCCCAUUUCACAAGCCUAUACAACUCGAAUGGGAACGAUUCCAAAACGAGGUGAAAGAGGACAUUCUGAAACGCAAUUUAGGCACAAAAAAUACCGAAAAAGGUUAA